AAAACGGUUGACUUUCACCUAUCGCCGCUGAAAUCUGUUACGACGUAGCAGCUAAUCAAUUAAAAGCCGACUCACCUGGCCAAAUUUAUUUGAUUUCGAGCACAAACAUUUAGCGAUGCAAAAUUGAUUGCAGUUCAUCAGCGGCAAUUCGGAAAAACACAGACCCAGCAUGCGAAGGAAAAAGAAAAGUGAAAGCCAAAUACGACUUUAAGCAUGGGCAAAGGUCCAAUAAUACCAAGCGAAAUGCUGCCAGUGCCGUGUUGUUCGUGUCCAUGUUGUGAUUACAUAAUGAGACGCAGACGCUGCUAAGAGUCAAAGUCAAAAGGAAGAAGUCCCCGCGUACUCGCGCCGCAAAAGCAAAGUGCCAAGUGUAUGAAAACCAGCAAGCAAUAUCUCAACUCGCCACAAGUAACUCCCAGCCCAAGCGACUAAAAGGGGCGACUAGAAGAGCCCGCAAAAGAAAAAGAAAGAAAGAAAAAAAUACCCCGAGGGGCGACAGGACCUCAAGGAACCGAGCCGAGCCCAGCUGUAGGAUGCCCUUCGGCCGCAAAUCCCCGCUGGAGGCACUGGCCCUGCCCGGCGUGAUGCUCGCCUACAAAUACAGCCAGUUUCGCCAGCGCCGCCGGGAGGCAGCCAGCCGACGGGUCACCGAGCGCGAACUCUCGGCGCUGCACCAUAAAAUCGACAAGCUGCUGAGCAAACUGGAGGAGGAGAGCGAACCGGAUCCCCCAACCUCGCAGGAAGACGAGUGCGUCAUAUGCAUCAAUGCCCGGGCCACCAUGCAGACCUCACCUUGUGGCCACCGCGUCGUCUGCCGGCGCUGCUUCGUCAAGACGAUCCAGAGCGCGGUGGCCCAGCGCCUGCUGCCUCUCCGCUGUGUCAUCUGCCGGGCCAGGGUUAAUCGGUUGACCUCCUCCUCGGGCACCUGGCGCAUCCAGGAGUCGGCCAGCAGCUACUCGAUGGGCGCCAAGAGCUGGGCCUCUGCCGGAGUGGCCGCCGGCGGGGUGGUGCCCUCGGCCAGCUCCUAUUCGAUGAACGAUGCGCACAGUGGCCAUCACACCUUCCACCAGCCCACGCUGCACAAGGGUCGGCAUCACUAUGUGCCAGGUGCCACGCCCCGAGGAGGCGCAGGAGGAGCCAACCAUGCCAGGGUCAGCCAAUCGGACAGCCUGUACUCAAUGAGCUCGACGGGAUCGGCGGGCUCCUCGGCCUCCGGCUAUUCGCACUACUCCAAGACGUCUUCCAUAUCGAGCAGUGGCCCCUGCUCACCGGCCUCACCGGCCGUGGCUUCCAGCUCCCAUCACCUGGCCCCGCCCUCGCCCACCACGCAUCAUCACCACCAUCAUCAUCAUCAUAAUGGAGUGGCCUCGCCCACACCCUCGGGCUCCUCCGGCAGCUCCCUGUCGCCCAGGGAGAACACUGGCUCGGGUUCUGGCGGCUCCCAUUCGCAUCAUGGUGGCUGUCCCAGUGGCUGCUCCGGCGCCGUGCCAAGGAAACCUCUGCACACGCUCACCAACUCUGCCUCGACAUCCGUUUCCGCUUCCGCCUCAUCCUCCAGCAGCAGCAGCGGGGGCGGUGCAGGAGCUGGAGCAGGACCUGGCAGUGGGAUUAGCGGAAUGAUGACACCCACGCACACGUAUCCGGGAAGGCGACAUGUGAAGAACCGACUGAUGGACAUCCAGAACCGACUGCCGCCCAUCAAGGAGUUCCGCAGUCCGGCCAAGGUGCCGCAUCCCUCGCCCGUGCAUGUCAGCAAUCCCAGAUUUCGGUAUUCCACCUACACGAAGUCUAGUGCCCAUGAGCUGGCCCCGCUGCUGCGUGAGUCUGGUUCACCGCCGCCUCCACGUCGUCCCAGUCCCAUGAACAUCCAACUGAGCUGCUCCGCCUUGGCCCCGCCCCCAUUGAAGGCGGGCGGGGCAAAGAUCAGCCCGGUGACCUCAAAGAACUCGCUGCCCAAAAACGCUUACGUGAUGCCCAAGGACAAGAAGCCGCCAGCUUCAGUUCCAGCUGGGAAAACCAAUGGCGCUGCCGCCGCCAGGUCAACUCCUCAGGGAGCAGGCUGCUCGCGGGCCUCGUCCGGAUGCGCUGCUCCGGCUGCAGGCUCAUCAGGGUCAGGAUCCACUGGUAAUGCCAGGCCCACGACAAGCUCUUCCAGUCGCAGUUUUCCGCUUUUCUCCGCCGGCAGUAAUCAGAGAGAGAAGGCUGACAAUAAGAAGAACGAGUCCGUUGAGCGCAAGAAGAAGGAGGAGAAGCUCAAGCUGAAGGCUGAGAAGGAAGCCAGGAAGGAGGAGAAGCGCCUGGCCAAGGAGGAGGAGCGUCUGGCCAAGCUGCAUGCCAAGGAGGAGAAGAAGCGCGGCAAGAAGGAGGCCAAGGAGCUGCUGUUGGCCAACGAUGGCAACAGCAAGAAGUGAACCCAAUUAGCCAGCAAAAAAAACACAAGAACAAAAACGCAUAUUUCCAGUUGCAAUUUUAGCCUUAAGGACAUCACCAAGAGUACCCAAGAGUACGGUGCUAUAUCAGAAACCAGAUCGAAUCACACACCUCAAGAAACCCCACAUGAAACGAGCUUGAUUGUAUUUUUAGGAUCAUAUUUUGUCGGUUAGCCGUUAAACCUUUGAAUGAGUUUUCAAGCCAAAAGAAAUAAUUUAAGGGAAUUUUUCAAGAGCACAAAGAGAAGGCUUGAAAGUAAUUAAAUACUUUACAGAACAUUUUUUAGAUACCUACUUUUAUUUUAAUAAUGAUUUGAAUUUAUUUAGCUAAGGGUUAACCACACUCAAGCCGCUUUAAAGUUUGGCUGGCUUACCAAAACCCUAAGAAAACGAUGCCAAACCUUUGUAUGAAUGAUAAACUUUUGGCAAAAACUGAUUAAACAUUUAAUUCUUUGCUUCUUCCAUUAAGUUGUCUUUAAUUAAAGCCAACAAACUUUCAUAACUCUUCGCUGUAUAGAGAUUAUGCUAAGAGUAAGAUGAAAUCGCUGCCUUUCGUUCGACGUUGCCUCAGCUCUCAGCUCAUCAUCUGUAUCCCAUAAUCAAUUUAAAAGGUUGUUGAAACUAUUUCAAUUUAUCACAUUCCGAUAGAAGUUUCCUAAAAACAAUAGAGAAGAUUACUACCAUUUUACUUUCGAGUUUCCAAAGAAUACUAGACUUUUAAAAGAAUACUCCUAGGUAGAGAGCAAGAUAUAGAACCAUGACCACUCUAAGGCAAACCAAUGUUAGAGCCAAGCUUUGGCAAAAGUUAGCCACAAUCCGGUACACUUACUAACUAUAUAUACCUAUACACAGAUUCGAUCAACCAAUAUGUUAACAUGUUGACUAACAAAUUACAAAAUGAGAGCGUACUUAAGUAGUUUUCAUAUACCCCUCUAUAUAUAUUAUAUAUAUAUCUGUAUCUGUAACUAUAUCUAUAGAUUCCAUGCCUAUAUACUGGGAAACUGUUCAAGCGGCAAACAUAAGCAAUGUUUCGAUGUAUGUAUAUGUGUAUAUGUAUUAACAAGAUUGUUUUAAAAACAGUAAAAGGAUUCUCCUUUGAAAGACAGAAAAGCGAGGGAAUCGAAGAAACCCAAAUAAAGAAUCAAUUAUGUUGAGAAA